AGGCCGCUCUGCCGUGAAUUAGUGAGUGGUUACAGAAAAAGCACAGAAGUUUCCGGUCUAUACAAAGUUAAACGGUAAAUCCUAUGGGUACAAGGAGCAGUAUCCUGAUACCAGGCUAGCUACGUACCUUCUCUCAGAAAAUGUACAAGAGGACAGAAAUUUCAAUAGUAACUAAUACAGAAACAGAAACAGAAGAGCUGAUAAGUUAUCCCCACAUAAUUACCUGUGAUGGUUCGGAAAAGAAGAGAGAGCAAGCAGACUGCUAUAGUGGUCUUGGAAGGAAUCAAGGUUUCCACUGAGCAUACGGGGAUAGCUCCUCUUUGCAAAGCUGUGCACGAAGUGGCUAAUCCUGAUGACGAAAUUAUAGUUCUCACCCUUCUUUCUGUCAGAAAUACUUCAGAGCCAUCAUCAUCCAACACAGGCGCCGUGGGCGGUGCGAAUGUUCGUCAGUGGAAUCAAUCGCGUGAAGCAGAUUCUUAUAUCAGGUUGCUACGUGAAGAGAUCAGUCAGAGGAAGGAAAACUAUUUACGGAUUUUUCGACCAUUUUACUAUAGCUGCAAAAGCAAUGGAGUAAAAUUUCAGGUGAAGAUUGCUGCAGGCUUUAGACCAAAGGAUAUCAUAAUUGAAGAGGCAAACAAUGUCAGACCAACUUGGAUUGUAAUGGAUAGGUGCUUUGCUAGACACUUGACUUUCCGGGUGAGUGGAACAGAUUGCCAUGUGUCUCUAGUGAGUGACGAUGAGCAACUCAUGGUUCAUAAUUGCCUGCCUUCAAAUGAUGCACCGAAAAAUUCAUCUGCCGGGGACGUUGCGCGCAAUCCUAAAUUUCCAAAGUUGAGGAAGGGAUCAAUAUCGGCGGAGGUAGCUCAAUUUCCUGACUCCCUUCCAACAGUUAGUAAUGAAUGCCAACCUAUUUUGUCAAGUCUUCCUGCAAUUAUGUGCAAAGAAAGUGAAAAUCAAACUUUUUCUGAGCCAAGCCGGAAUAGCGAGUCAUGUUUAGGGGCUAUUUCACAAGAAACUAGCCAUGUUCAGCAGGAAAAGCAGGAUACAAUCUCAGAAAAAGUCGAUAUCUUCUUAAGACAACCGUUGCAGCUAACCUGGGAAGUAAUUAUGGAAAUAACACAAGAGUUUAAAUCAAGGAUUUGCGAUGGCCAGAGCGGGAACUAUAUGUCCUAUUAUGGGUACCUAGAAAAUCAUCAAUCUCUUGUUUUGGUAAAGAGAUAUAAAGGAGAUUCUGUUAGCAUUCUUGAAGCUCAAAUGAAGGCAGCCCUCUUCCUGCACCAUAAGAAUAUACUGACUUUGAUAGGUUACUACAGAAGUGAACAGGAUGUAGUCCUAGUUUUUCCCUUUAAAAUAGAAGGGACAUUAGACAAACAUCUGUGCGACUUGACAAGAAAACAAUGGGAUUUGACAUUUCAAGAUAAAAUGAGGAUAGCAAUAGGAAUUGCCCAAGUUAUCCGAUACAUGCAUGAAGAAUGCCCUCGAGGCCCCAUUGCUCAUGGCAAAUUACUGUCCAGCAACAUUUUUUUGACGUCAGACUUGCAGCCGAUGAUCGCUGGCUUUGAGCAUGCUACAUGGCUUCAACUUAAACAAGAGUCACCAGCUUUCAACGACAGGUACCAAUUUGGGAAUUGUUUGGAUCAUGGAUCGACAGUACUGCUAAAAUCAGACAUUUUUGCCUUUGGAGUUCUUCUCUUAAGGCUGUUUUGCAAAAGAUCAGUGCCUCAGGAUGACAAAAUCUUGAUUGAUUGGGCUAGCCCACUGUUGCUAGACAGAGCGUUCCAUUUGUUACUGGAUGAAGACUCUGGUUUAGACAUGCACGAAGUUUUCAGGGUAAUGUCUGCUGCAAGAAUGUGCACAAUGAGCAAGCCAGUUUCACGGCCUUCGAUUACCGAAGUGAUCUCCAUUCUGAAAGGUGAAGAUUUUUGCAUCAUACAAUCAUCACCAUCAGACAACAGUGCAUAAAGUGGAUGGGAUUAGUUCAUUGGAAGUCGCAGCCAAGAUUGCUGGAUGGGUCACUACUCCAAAAGGACCUUUAGACAGUCCUUAAAUUCUAGAUGCAUAUACACAACCGAAGGUUUUUCACAGUUCCAAGCAAUGGAAAUUCUGUAAUUUGUCUUGACUUAUCUCUUUUAAUUAGAUUAAUUGAAACGCUUUCUUUGAAUUGUA